CGGGGGUCAAGUCCGAUCUAAGAAUAGCUUUCAUUGAGAAGAGAUUGGUAUCGGCACGUGAGCAGUUUUCAUUCACAAUAAUAAAUUGGCUGGAAAAGAGAAAUAUUUGUUUUAGGCAAAACGCGCCUAUAUAAGUUAGCAGAUGCAUAUAGAUGGCCAGUCAAUGAAAUACUAGCGGAGGAACUGAUCAUCCUGAAAUCUCAGAUCUGUCAAAUCAACCAACGAGAAAAAGGAAAUCCACUGACUUGACGCGCUGUUAUUUGACCGAAAAUUGGUCGAUUUGGUGUCGUGAAACAUGGGCUUUCAUGUGAUUGGAUAUAAGAAGGCCAUCUCUUUACUUGCUGUGCACCUCAGCAUAUUACAACUGUGUUGUUCCUUCGGCUUGCAUUCAUUCAUCGGUCAUGAAUGUGGUGACGUAAAGCAAAGAGCAAGUGGCAUGAUAAUGUCCCCGCGGUUGCCCGCGUCAUACUCGCAGGCGGUGCUUUGCAAAUGGAAAAUUGUUGCACCAGAGAACUAUAACGAAAUAUACAUCUAUUUAUGGCUUCAAGGUAGCAAAAAAUUGACUUACGAUUUAACACAUUGUUUCUCGGACCAUUUAGCAAUAAAUCAAAUUAUUGAUGGCAGGAGAGAAAAAAGGGUCAAAUAUUGUGGAAAACAUGGAUUUUUUAAAACUAGGACAUUUGGGAGAGAGGCAGAGAUUAGAUUCUGGGCAAGCCCCACUCGGGAGAGCGAGACAGAACACAGAACAAGCUUUCGGCUGCUAUGGUUUGCAAGCAGAGGUUGCAGCAGCGCUAUACACGGACAACAUGGCAUCAUCCAAUCGCCAAACUACCCCGAUAACUAUCCAUCAGAUACGUUUUGCACUUGGCGACUCAGUUCACCUUUCAGCCGCGGAAGAAUAAGAUUACGAUUCAUCAAAUUUGAUUUGCAAGGACAUUCUCCCAAGUGCAGGAAGGACUAUCUCAUCAUAAAGGAUGGACAGAAGAAUAUUAUAGGGACCUUUUGUGGAAAGGACACUGUGAAGGAGCUCAACAUCAAAAGCAACUCCGUAGUAAUAACAUUCAAAUCCAAUCGACGCAAGAAUUUCCCUGGGUUUAAAAUUGAAUGGGCAGCAGAACUCGACAACAAAAACGACAAAAAUUGUGGAUACACCAAUUUCCAACCAAUUCCGUAUGGCCACCGUCAAAAACGUUUUGUUGGUGGCGAAAAUGCGCACAGAGGGCUCAUGCCUUGGCUUGUUCAGCUUGUGGCAUCGCAGUACACGAACUCAAUUUCUAACAUCCGAGAACUGCGGUGCGGAGGUGCACUCAUUGGAAAGAAAUGGGUGCUUACGGCUGCACAUUGUGUUCAGUCAAUGGAAAAAAUUUCAUAUCAAGUUUACGUAGGUGGUGAAGGGAGCAAAGACCCUAGUGCAAAGACAGUAGCUGUAAGGAAAGUUCACACCCAUCCAGCGUAUUUUGGAUCUCUAGUGAAUGACCUUGCGGUUUUGGAACUUGGGGAGGAGCUGUCAAUGUCAUUCUCGAUUCGGACGAUAUGCUUGCCAGAUUCAAAUACUGUCAAAGAACUUAUACAAAAAUCAAAAUGCUGGAUGGCGGGAUGGGGAAAAGGCAGCGAUGGCAUGGCAUCGUCAAGCUUGGUAUAUUCGGAGCUGCAGUUUAUGGGUCAUUGUCUGAUGAGACAGGACAUCGUCUGCGCUCGGAGUCCUGAUCCUAGCAAACAAAUUGGACCUUGUGAUGGUGAUUCUGGUGGCCCACUGUUCUGCCAAUUGAAUGACGGACCGUUCGUGGUAGCAGGCAUAUUAACACACGGACCAAAAAUUUGCGGAACGGAUCAAGACUAUUACAUAGAUGUAUCGCAUUUUAAUGAAUGGAUAACAAGUAUAACGAAGAAAGAUGAUAUAGCGAAUCUUACAGAUUAAGAAUUAAUUCACUAAAGGAACAUGAAUUAACUUCGAUUCAAACUUGUUAUCUACAAUCAAAGAAAACAGGACGUUGAUACUGUGAAAGUGAAUUCAAAAAUAGAAAUGUAGGAACGGAGAUUUUGGGGCUGUCAAAUGAAAUAUUUCAAAUACUAGGAGAUCGUAUCAUCAGCAGCAUCAAGAUGGCGAUUGCUUUUAUUAUCUAUGAAGUUGACAAUGACUGUGCAGUUUUCUAUUAUUUAUCGAAGAUGCUGAAUUCUGAGAUCUUCUUUAAUGACAAUGUUUAUAGUCUUCAAUAACUUUUAUAAAAUUGAUUUUGGAAAAGGUUUUGAUGUUAAUAUGGGACAAUGUUUAUGGGCACACGCAAUUAGUUUUAACUUAUCAGUUCUGAAAAUCGGGGUCAGAAAGGGCUGUGUGUUGGAACGGUUACAACUGUUGGAAUGUGGCAAGUAUUUUUAAAAAGUUCCUGCUAGAAUAAGUUAUCAGCUCGACCAUGGCCUUUUCCUUGGUUUGAAAUCCUUAGGCCAAAAAAUUUCAUUCUAAGUAAUAAAGAUUUAAUGGCUUGAUUAAUUUUUGUUCGAAUUUUAUUGCUAUCUAAUAUCUUAUGGUUGUUUAUUCCAAAAUCAUGUGCUAAUAAAAUAAAACAAUUAAAUAAAAC